AUGGGUGAUACGAAUGGACAAGUAGUAGCUGGUGGUAAUGGCAAAGGAAAUCGAUUGGAUCAAUUGAAUUUACCAACCGAUGUGUUGAUCGACAAAGAGACGGAUAGUCUCAUUAUUUGUGAUUGGGGGAAUCGACGAGUCGUACGAUGGUCUCGUCGUAGUGGUACAACUCAAGGAGAAAUCCUCAUCGACAACAUCUGGUGUUAUGGAUUGGCCAUGGAUGAUCAGAGAUAUCUCUACAUCUCUGACACCGACAAAGAUGAAGUAAGACGAUAUCAAAUAGGAGACAAGAAUGGAACUAUUGUGACUGGUGGCAAUGGCGAAGGUGCUGGCCUCAAUCAACUCAACUGGCCGAACUACAUCUUUGUCGAUCAACAACAGACUGCCUACGUGUCAGACGGGGACAAUCAUCAUGUAAUGAAAUGGAAUAAAGGUGCAGAAGAAGGAAUUGUCGUCGCUGGAGGUCAAGGCUAUGGGAAUGCUCUGACACAAUUGUAUCGUCCUCAAGGACUGUUCGUCGAUACAUUGGGUACCAUCUAUGUGGCAGACUCGGGAAAUCAUCGAGUAAUGCGUUGGCCGAACGGAGCGAAACAGGGCACUGUCAUUGUGGGUGGAAAUGGUUACGGAAAAGAAGCAAAUCAGUUCGGCUCUCCCACCGGUUUGUCCUUCGAUCGACAUGGCAACCUCUAUGUUGUCGACCAUUGGAAUAAUCGUGUUCAACGAUUUUCAAUUGAAUAG